AAACCCAGACCUGCUCAUGAUCGAAGAUGUCUCCUGAAAACCUCUCAUCAUUCUCACUGCUAAACACUAAUGUUGUUCCUCAGAGAAUUCCCUAAAUCCUUCGCAAUCUUAAAUAGCCCCAGAUUUCUUCAAACCCAUCUGCAAACACCAUUUUCGAUUAGAUUUAUCUCUGCAAAUGCAAUAGAUAAACACUCAUUUACAAUCUCCUAUCUCAUGAAUUCAUGUGGGUUCUCUCUCCAAUCCGCUCUUUUACUUUCCAAAAGAGUUCAAUUUGAAACCCAAAAAGCCCCAAAAUCGCUCAUUGACUUCUUGAGCAAUCAUGGGUUCUUGCAAACCCAAAUCCGAAACUUCAUCCAAAACUGUUCGAACUUUCUUUUGUGCAAUCCUGAGAAAUUUCCCCUUCCUCUUUAGAUCUGUGUUUGACUUCAUCUUCUCUUCAGAUCUGGUCGACCUUGGUGGAGAGACAAGCACCCGAGGCGAUGGCAACAGUUGUGAUAGCAACGUGGGUGAUGGUGGAGGCAAUGGCAUCCGCUGUGCCAGCGACGUGAGUGAUGGUGGAGGCGAUCGCAACGGCUGUGACGGUGACGAGCGAAAGGCCUGUUCAACAAGCCUAAGAAAACCCAGAUCUGGGUUUUCAAACCCAGAUCUGGAGAGGAAGAAGGGAGAAGAGAGACUCUGAUUUUGAUUUUGAUUUUGGAGAGAAAGAAUAAGAAGUAUGAUCUGAUUGGUUUUUAGGGUUUUUAAUUUGAAAAGGAAAUGAAAGGAGAAACAAAGAAAACUGAUUUUUGGGGAAUUUGAUUGAAACUGGAAAAAGAGAAAAAAAAUUUAUGUGGGUCCCAUUAAAAGGAGAAACUAAGAAAAUGAUAAUAUGACG